GGCAAUUUUGACAGGAAGUCUUUUUUUACCGGUGAAGGGAUAAAUUUUAUACAUCCGGUAGCGUCUGGUAAAGAAUAAACGGAAACAUGGCAUUAAGAUUAGCUCCGAAUUUGCUUCGUUCAUUGAGAUUUACUGGUGCGAGAGCCAUGUCUCAAGUUGGAGGUUUCGGUGAAGGAGCAGGAAAGGGUGGUGGCACUGGAGGUUCUAUCAGAGAGGCAGGUGGAAGUUUCGGUAAAAUGGAGGCUGCUCACGAAGAGGAAUAUUUCAGAAGAUUGAAUGCUAGAAAUAUGGAGGAAUUAAAAAGACAACAUGAUGAAGAAAUGGAAGCUCAUAUUAAGGAUAAUAUUGAACAUUUAGAGCAAAAUCUUAAAGCUGCACAAGAUGCUAUUGCUAGACAAAAGAAGAGGUUGGAAAAUCUUAAAAAGGACGACAGUUCCGACUCGGACUGAUUUUCCUAAACUUGACAUUUUGUCCAUGUGUAUGAGGUGAUGAUAUUUGUGUUUAAAUCAACUGUAAAAAAUCUCUUUUUCUAUCUUUAAAAUAUUAGAUGUUAAGGUAAUAAUUGGCAUGUAAAAAAGCCAACUGCUUUUUUUAAGGGUGUAUACAGUUGAAAUCUAUCAACACUAGAUUAAGAAAUUUAGUGCUUUUGUCUAAAAAUGUUGUUAACCGUUUGUAAGAUAAUGAAUAAAGUGCUAUUUUAUGUUGCUGUAUUUUGUGAAAUAGAAAUGCAGAAAAAAUGAA